CAUAGUGUAUUGGAAUUAGAUCUGGAUGGAUCCGUGUCUCUGGAAAUGAAGAUUCACUUUUCUGCUUGUGAUGACGACAGGCGGUUAACCUUCCCAACCAACUCGCUUCUCUUUCUCUCGUGUUCUGUUACUGUCUGGGCGGGGGUCUAUUUAAUUUAUAUGGGCUUUCUACAUUUGCUUUUGUGGGGGUCAUAAAUUAUUAUUAACUCGAUCACCAUUCUAGGCCACUUGCCGCUGCUUUUGUCUUUGUCUUCUCUUCUUGUUCGUAUGCUCAUGUGUUAGAAUUCUCCCCCCCUCUUCUCUUCAUCCUCUCUCUCCCACCACCUUUUUUUGUUCUUCUGACGGCAAAUCAUGAGUCUUCUCGGUUUCUCGUGUCUAGUCUUUUGGCUCUUCUUCUGUGUAGAUGGUGGAGUUGGAGCCGAUGAUGUGGUGGUGGUGGCCGCUAAUCCUUCGCAGUCUCCGCCACUGCCGCCGCAGGCCUUGCCCAGGCCUAAUUUUUCUCCGUUUAGGCCGAGUAUAGCGGUGAUAGUGGGGGUUCUCACUACUAUGUUCUCCAUUACUUUUCUUCUUCUUCUCUACGCCAAACACUGCAAGAGAGGAAACGGCGUUGUUUACACCGGAACGCCUCCGCUUUCCUCCGCUGCCAGGAAAAACUCCGGCAUUGACAGAACGGUGAUCGAGUCGCUGCCGGUUUUCCGAUUCGCGUCGCUCCGCGGCCAGAAGGACGGGCUCGAGUGCGCUGUUUGCUUGAACCGGUUCGAGCCCACCGAAAUCCUGCGGCUGUUGCCGAAAUGCAAGCACGCUUUCCACGUCGAAUGCGUGGACACCUGGCUCGACGCCCACUCCACCUGCCCUCUCUGCCGCUACCGAGUCGACCCGGAGGAUAUCCUCCUCGUGGAAGAGCCGAAGACCUCGGUGGCACCACUGCCGGAGCCAGACCCUCCCGAGGCCGAAAAACCGGACGCCGAACCACGAAACCCAGAAGUCCGGCGAGUUUCGGGGAGGCAUUCGUCGGCGGGGGAGAGGCGCAGUGGGUUAGUCCAAAUCGUCUUACACAAACCUGACGAAACGACGUCAUCGAGGAGGUCCCUCGACAGCUCCAGCUCCAGCUCAAGAAAGAGAAACGAGCCCGUAGCCGUGGGAUGCUUUGACAGACCGAGAAAAGACGAAUUGCUGCUUACCAGCGAAGACAGAAACAGCUUCGAGCGGCGGCUGGACCACCGGAUCAUAGUCUCCGCCGCUGGAUCGGGAGGGUUCCACCAGCGGUGGAGCGACGUACAGCCGUCGGAUCUACUGUAUCUACGGUCAGAAAUGAUAAUAAGCGACAACCGUCGAUUGUCAUCCGUAUCGGGAUCUAGGCCGUCGCUUUCAUCAAAGGGCCGACAGCAUCGUCAGAGCCAUCAGCUGCAGCUACACUCAAACAGGAAGGAUGGAGAGCAGUGUCAUGGAACCAUUGAAGGCGGCAGCUGGAGUGGCAGAAGUGUAAUUAAUUCAAGAAGCGUGUCGGAAAUCACGGGCCUCAGCAGACUAGGUAGUAACUACCAUCACCUCGACCGUCACCAUCAACAGCGACAGGCAGGUGUCGUGUCGAGAUGGUUGGCCUGGAUCUCGCAAUCGCGGCCAUCUAUACGGUCAGAACGAGCCGGCACUGUAGCAUUGUAGCGGGAAUGGUUAGUUAUGCUGUCCGGGAUGGCUCCAGGAAAUAUUGCAAUUUUAUUUUCUAAAUAGAAGAAAAAAAGGACCGUCAGAGGGCAGGAGGCAUGGAUAUUCCAGACAACUGCUGAUGACCAAUCAACACGUGGAUCCAAUGCAUGGAAUCGCUCGAGAGCAACUUCUUUUUUAUAUUUAAUUUUUUUUAAAAAGAUAUUAUUCAUAUUUCGGAUAUAUAUCCGAUGCCACGUUGGCUAUUUUUUCAAAUAAUAGAUGAAUAUUUUUAUUUUGUAUAGAGAUUAUUACAAAUUAAUUUCA